AUGAACGCAUGCAAACAUGGUCGUAUUGGCCUAGAUGGAGUGACUGAUGGACAUUCCUGUACUACUGAGUGUUCUCUAGCAUCCGAAACAUCACCUGAUUAUUGUCAGGAUAAAGAUUCGGGGAACUUUUGUGUGUGUGGUGCACCUGGUUGUAGUACGAGGGAAGUUACUAACCGUCAUAAUAUGGAAUUGGACAUCGCUGAGCUGGCUCCAAGCAUAGGUAGUACCUCAACUACCAACUUCCCUGAUCAACAUCAAGAUACGUCAAAACCGAAGUUGGGUACGUAUGUUAUUGAAAGAACCAUUGGGAAAGGGAUAUUCUCGUCAGUCAAGCUCGCCAAGCACACCAUAACUGGAAUAUUCGUUGCAAUAAAAAUCAUUGACAAAUCCCGUCUAAGUCCUGAAAAUCUCAAAAAAAUAUACAGGGAAUCUGAUAUUUUAAAGGAGCUUCAUCAUUCAAAUAUCGUAAAACUUUACCAGGUUAUGGAAACUCAGCGACUACUCUGUAUGGUAAUGGAGUAUGUUUCAAAUGGCGAGCUAUUUGACUACAUAGCCACGAAUGGAAGAUUUUCUGAGGCUGAUGCUCGGAUCAAAUUUCUGGAUGUACUUUCGGCUGUCGAUUACACCCACUCUUGUGGUAUUGUACAUCGAGAUCUAAAAGCUGAAAACAUAUUGCUAGAUUCAGAAAUGAAUAUCAAAUUAGCGGAUUUUAGCUUCGGCACACAUUUCAACUCACCUAAUCACCUUUUAACUACGUGGUGUGGUAGUCCUCCGUAUGCUGCACCUGAAAUAUUUUUAGGCGAACCAUACAUUGGAGUCAAAGCAGAUAUCUGGAGUUUAGGUGUUAUUCUUUACGUCAUGGUGUGUGGUGCUCUUCCAUUCGAUGCCCAAUCUCUUCCCCAUUUGAAAAAUCAAGUCCUUUCCGCCAGUUUUCGUGUUCCGUACUGGCUUUCUAUGGCUUGUGAACAAGUAAUACGUAGUAUGUUGUCGAAAGAACCGAACGAUCGUCCGACAACAAAACGUAUCAGUCAAUUUCCAUGGUUCACUUCAUCAACAAUUCCACAUAAUCAUUAUCACGAUAAACUAAUUGCAAAUGUUAUGUCUAACUCAUUGGCCACAAUGCAUUUAACUAAUCAACCUGUCCCUACACCAACAACGUUACGACAAACAUUGUCACCCUGUGGUGCUAAUUCAAAUAUUUUAAAUAAAUCCACAGACUGUGAUUUAGUUCAACCCACGUUUGUUUUGAAACAUUGUUCUUGUGAUUGCUCUUCGAAAUUCUCAUGGAGUAAAGACGAUCUACAAAGUCCUGGGCCUAAUUUAGCGGCUGAAAUGAAAGUUGGUAAAUUAAAUGAAUUAGUUAUUAUGAUUAUGGAGUCCUAUGGAAUGUGUCGCACUCAAAUUCUCAAAUCACUUCUACGUUGUGCUUACGAUCAUCUGACAGCUACUUACCUCUUAUUGGGUGAGAAAUUACGUUUGCAUAAUCUAAACAUUGAUUCAUCGACUACACCUAUUACAGAUUCUGGAAUAAUUAUACCUAAUUGUGACCAUCCAACAACAUCAUGUUAUUCAAUUAUGGCUCCUGAGCAUAAAAGUUUCAAUACCACUCCUGAUUCUGUUAUGAUGCCGAAUUCUAUUCCAUCACCCCAACCAUUAUCAUCGUCGAUUUCCGUACCACAACCAAACUAUUCAACUAUACCUACAAGUAUACCUCCAGUUUUCCCACUGUCCUCCAUAAAUUCAAUGAAUAUGGACCUUCCUUUAUCUAGUUGCUCUUCAUCUAUGGAACAAUUAGAUGAAUCUACAAAUAAUAUCAACUGUUUUGCCGAUACCUCAAUCGAUAAUAGUGAUCAUAAGGACAGUGUUUCGCAAAUAAUCGAUAGAACAGAAAGUGAUAAUUUAACUGUUGAUUCAGCAUAUGGUGUUGCUUUACAGUCCACAUAUGUUAAUAACUCUGUUUCAGAUCGUGUUAUACUUCAGUCUUAUUUGCCUGUGGAGGAUGAACUAAGAAUUGUCAGUGGUGGUACUGGUAAUGUUACUGUUGGUGGCAGACCGCAACAUCGUGUUUUAGCUAGACGAAAAUAUGGAAUCUGCAGUCCACCAGCCUGUUUAGAAGAAAUAAAGCAGGCUUUGAUUUCACAACAACACCAACCACCACUCAUAAAUGAGAGGAAUAUUACAGAUGGUGAUUUACCAUGA